GUCGGCGUCGUCUUCUAUAUUUAACUCAAAGUGUAGAGAGCUGUGGCUGAGUGGAGCUCCCUCUCUCUGUCUCUGAGUUGCUCUGACAAACAUUACAACCCUUUGUCGAGCACUUCACGCAACGGGAAGGACGGUGAACAGCUGAAGUGGAGGCAAUCAGCUUCCUCUGGCUUCAAUCAUGGAAGGACUCUACUUUGAAGUGAAGCCCAGAAGAGAUAAGCGGUGUAGGUUGGGGAUCUCUGAGGAACCCCGUCCAAAUCUAACCCCAAACCGCCAGUCCUGUCCAUCCUUUUCACGUCUCACCUCUACACGCUGUCCUCAGAUAGUUGCAGAGAGGACCGCAAAGGUGGAGGAAGAGGGGGAGGAAGAGGAGGAGAUACAAUACAAACUGACAUUGAUUGGUUCUCGGCCGGUCCACCACCUCACGACCAUGGCCAUGCUCCCCUGGGUGGUGGCUGAGAUCAGCAGGUCUCGGCCUGCAGGGAAGGAGCUGGGCACGGGGAUUCAGUGUGCAGGGCCUGCAGAUGGACAGCUGGACUCUUCUACCUCCCAUCAGAAGGUUUCUCUGAGUGUCUCAGCAUCAUGGCUGCGAUGCAUGUCCAUUCUGGGAGAGGGAGUCGUCUGGGAUCCUCUCACACACACGUUGCUGUUUGAGUGUCAACCUCACCAGGUCACUAAACUAAUCCACAACAGCCAGGAGCCCAGCAGCUUUGGCUGCCUGGUCCGAAUGACUCCGAACUGUGCCUGCUACGUCUUCCAGUGCCAGGACAAGACCAAGGUCCCUGAGAUCAUCAGUACGUUGAGGCAGGCUGGCAAGAGCUCUGCACGCAACAAUGAUGUUGUCACCAUUUCCAAGAAACCGUCCACCGGAGGCAGUGAUUCUUCAGAUUUAUCUUCUUCUCAUCUCUCCACAUCGUCAAACUCCACAGCACCAACUAUGGUUGUGUCUCCGACAGCUUUUGCUAAAAAGUUUGAGGUGCUAUUUUGUGGCCGUGUGAGCGUUGCUCACAGGAAAGCUCCGCCCGCCCUUAUCGAUGAGUGCAUCGAGAAAUUCAGCCAGUUACAUGGCUCAGAGACAACCGAUAAAGGAGAAAAUGGUGGGGGAUUGGUGGGUGGGCUGAGAAGGGCAUUAAACUUCCAAACCAAUGGACUGGGGAGCGGUGCUUUUGGUAAUGGCGCCGCUGGGAGCCCCACUACUGGCAAGCGGCCUGCCUUGUUCCAUCGAGACCUCAGCUUUCCCAGUCUAGAGGGCCUGGAUGAGAACGGACUGUCACCUGAAAUUUCUCACACCAACACUACUGAUGCACUCACACGCUCCGCUGAAGUACAGCCCACCAGCCUGCAGGAGAACAGGACCAUGCUGUUCAUGGUUGGCAGGUCUCAGAUCUUCUUGGUAAGUCCAGACACUAAGAAAAUUGCCAUAGAGAAGACCUUCAGAGAAAUCUCCUUCUGCUCACAGGGUAUUCAUCACGUGGAUCACUUUGGGUUCAUUUGCAGAGAGACGGUGGAAGGAGGGAGCUGCCAUUUUGUUUGCUAUAUCUUCCAGUGUACAGACGAAUCACUGGUGGAUGAGAUCAUGCUGACUUUGAAGCAGGCGUUCUCUGUGGCAGCCCUGCAGCAGAGUGCAAAGACCCAGAGCCAGCAGUGCGACAGCUGCCCUAUGCAGCAGCUACACAGACUCUGUGAGAGGAUAGAAGGUCUACAACCAUCAAAAACCAAACUGGAGCUUCAGAGACAUCUGGCCUCUCUGGAUAAUCAGGAGCAAGCAUCAGUGUUUGAAAACACUAUGAGGGCUCGUCCUAAGAAUGAUCAGCAAGAGAAUGAGUUGGUGAUGGCCUGGCUGAGGAAUCUGUAUGAGGAGAAACAGAAGAGCCAUCAGCACACACUGCCUGGAGACAGCAGCAAACAAGUAACUACUGUAUAUCAUGUGUGUGAGGAGGCAGCUCCAGCUCCUGUGCAGGCGCAGCAGCAGAGUAGCAGCCGGCAGCGACUUGAACAGUUCAAGAGCCGAGCCAAGCGCUCUCUCACUGAGUCCCUGGAGGGAAUCUGGAAGGGGAGCAGCAAAGCCAGGAUUAGCAGGGACAACAGUGAAGGAAGUGAGAGCAGCUCCUCCAUCUUUACUUUCAACAACAGCCAGGACCAGCUCUGCUUAGAUGACCCCUUAUCGUCCCCCUCUAUGCUACCACCCACCAGCCCACUCAGGGGCCACAACUCAACAGGGGACCUUGACACCUCUCUCCGCAUGUCUCCCUCCUCCUCCUCUCUACCUGGCGAUGCGCAGCCGCAGGGCUUCCGUCGACGGGCCAGCACCUUCAGCCACCCUCCCACCCCCUCCUCAGGACUCGAGAACUCACCGGUGCACACACUAAAUCACACUCCACAGGACGCCACCGUCGCUACCAAGCCCAAGCUCGUACGACACUACUCUGUCAGCACUGACACGCCACACCAAAGCAAACAUGCCUCAGCCAACUCUACCCUUCCUCCUGUUCCUCCCUGCACAUCAACUUCCUCUGCUCUGCUCCCUCAUCACCCUUCCUCCCCUUCUUCUGGAGCCCGGCUCAUUAAGAGAAGCCCUUUGGUUGGUCUUCGUGCUCGUCUCCACUCCUCCUCCUCUGUCCCUAACUUUCUGAAAUUUCCAUUUCUGGCCCCUGUCCAAGAGAUUGAUUGUCCUCAGCCAAAGAGCAGUGAUGUUGCAGCUCUCUCUACAUCAACCACGGCGUGCUGGUUGGGUGAAAGCCCCCUGCGCCACCGCCACUCAUGGAGGCAGCAGAUCUUUCUACGGGUCGCCACACCUCAGAAAAAUACAGACCCCAACGAGCGGGGGGACUCCUGUUGUGAUGGUAGUCGAGUCUGCAUGGGCCCGGGGGGAGCUGGAGGAAGUGGAGACUUGUCCAUGAGAGCAUUGCCUGAGGAGAGGACGAAGAGGAGCAAAGAGGAGCUCAGGGAUCUGUGGACUAAGGCCAUCCUGCAGCAAAUCCUGCUGCAGAGGAUGGAGAGAGAGAACCAGAAACUGCAGGCCUCCGAGAGCGACUUGCAGAACAAGCGUCUGAAGCUGGACUACGAGGAGAUCACUCCAUGUCUGAAGGAUGUCACUCUGGUGUGGGAGAAGAUGAUGGGAACUCCUGGUAGAGCAAGGGUCAAAUUUGACACAGAGACCAUACAUGCUGCUGUUGCACAAGGAGUUCCGAGGAUGCAUCGAGGCGAGAUCUGGAAGCUUCUCUCCGAGCAGUAUCUGCUCAGGCAGACGGUGCCCUCCCGACCCCCCGCCAACCCCACUCCAUACAAAGAGCUGCUGAAACAGCUCACGUCGCAGCAACAUGCCAUCCUUAUAGACUUGGGUCGCACAUUUCCCACUCAUCCAUAUUUCCAAGCCCAGCUGGGGGCAGGACAGCUGUCUCUGUACAACAUUCUGAAAGCCUACUCACUGCUGGACCCUGAGGUGGGCUACUGCCAGGGCCUGUCCUUCAUAGCUGGAGUCCUGCUGUUACACUUGGAGGAGGAGGACGCCUUCAACAUGCUCAAAUUUCUGAUGUAUGAUGUCGGGCUUCGUAAACAGUACAGGCCUGACAUGAUUAUCCUGCAGAUUCAGAUGUACCAGUUGUCGCGGCUGCUCCAUGACUACCACAGGGAUCUCUACAGCCACCUGGAGCAGCAAGAAAUCGGGCCCAGCUUAUACGCCACCCCCUGGUUCCUCACUGCCUUCGCCUCGCACUUCCCCCUCGGCUUUGUGGCCAGAGUCUUCGACAUGUUAUUCCUGCAGGGGUCAGAGGUCAUCUUCAAGGUGGCCAUGAGUCUGCUGAGGAGCCACAAACCUCUGAUCCUUCAGCACGACAGCCUGGAGUCCAUUGUGGACUUCAUCAAGACCACGCUGCCCAACCUGGGCCUGGUGCAGAUGGAGAAAACCAUCAACCAGGUUUGUGAGAUGGACGUGUCGAAGCAGCUCCAGGCCUAUGAGGUGGAGUACCACGUCCUGCAGGAUGAGCUGCUGGACACGCCCCCGACUCUCAACCAGCACCAGCGAGCUGCACAGCUGGAGAGGACCAAUCAGAGCCUCCGACAGCAGAACCUCGACCUGCUGGAGGAGCUGCAGGUGUCUCAUGCUCACGUGCGCAGCCUCGAGAGCCGAGUGGAGGAGUUUGUCCAGUCGGAGGGUCGACUGACGGAGCAAGUCUCUGCACUGGAGGAGGAGAAGAAGCAGCUGCUGAGCACGGUCACGCAGCUCCAGGACCUCCUCACCAGCCUCGGCAUACAAAGCUCCCUUGAUGGACACACAGCCCCCCAAGCUGCCUCAGCAGCAGCAGCAACGACCAACCAGACUGUGGAAUCACUUCUCCACCUGUAGGCUCUUCCAGAGAGUUCAUGACUGCAAAUGAUAAAAUGUCCAAAUAGAAAGGUCAAUGAGUGGAGGGGCUGGCUGUGGAGGAAACAGGAAGAGGAGGUCAAGGGAGACGUUGAGAUGAGCUGUACCUCUGUCCUCCUCCAGGCUCCAGAAUGUUUUUAGUAAAACUAGGAGAGACAGAUCAAGGAAGAGUAGCGGGUGAAAGAACAAAAAGUUUGCAUAAUCUAAAGAAAGAAAAUAAAGUAUGACCCUUGAGUAUUAUCCCAGAACUCCACAGACGCUCUCUUCCAACUCUCUAACAAAUAGAAACGAACAAGAGAGAUUUGACCAACAUCCCCAAAGAUAGCACUGUCUCACUUGCUGCGAAAACAAUAUACAGUUACAUUUGCACCUGUACUUGUACAUUUGUGUCUCUGAAUGUAUUUUAUGCCUUUGUUUAACUGCAUAGUGUCGAAAGUAGCCAAAGUCUAUUCAUGUAAAACACGCUCAAACAAAGAUACUCUGAUGUUAUCCUAGAACAACAUGUUAUUGUUCCCCCUCACACUCCUCAAAUACAAAGAUGAAAUGUUCUUAGAAAAGUGGGAUGAGAAAGUGAAACGAAGGGACAGGUGAAGAGAUAAACUUCAUGACAAAUAGUUAUCUUCUGUUAGAAAGUUUGAGUAGGACUUAAUUUAAAUGAUCUUGGAUGGUGGUGCUCGUGUUCAGAGGACAGACCCUUCCACAGUUUGGUUUCAAAUUUCCUUUCGUUUCAGUAGCUUUCAGGAAGAGUAACUCCGUGACUCCUGUUCAUUUCACAUCCUGUUAUUCACCCUUGAACACGUUUGUGUAGGAAGGUGAAUAGAUGCAGUUUCAGCAGAAAACUAUAAAAAAAGUAGUCAUACUUUUCUAGUGAGGGGAAAAAACAGACCUUUUUUUUUUUGGAUUGAUUUAUCGCUGGGAGACAAACGAAUGUCCGAAACUUCAAACAGGAGACCUCUGCAGCUGAGACAGUCUGUCAGCUGUAAAUCGUUUUACUGUAUCCAACACACUGAAUUCAUUCAGCCCGAGCUGCCGCUUGGCGUGUAUCCACAUGCACGUCUGAAUGUGCGUCUGCGUGCUCGUGCACUUCACCGAUCAACAAAUGUGUUGAUUCACACUGUAAAGAUGUGUCGCUCUUACUCCUGACUCUCCUUGCACAUGUAUUUUGUUGUUUUAUUGAUUAUUAAUUUUGUCAUUAUGUACUUUAAAAUACUUUUCAUAUCCUUUCA